AUGGACAACGAUGAAUCUUCCGACAUCCUCGGAGGACGCCUCCAGGUCUCACCUCCGGGUCCUGCUGUCUGGGCCGAUCCUGGGCGCAUUACUCUGUUGCUUGGGUUUGCGACCGUCGUCGCGCUAGCGUGGGCAGUGGAGGGAGACACGAUAUCGAAAGGCAAUGCGUCGCCGCCACGGCAUUCCCGACGACGACCAUCGGCCCUUCAAUGUUGCAUACGCUGCCGCUCUGCAGGCGAGGAAGGGUCAGGAAGGAAAGAGCCGGAACGCUACUCAGCAAAACCCACAAGGUGUCUCUGUGGAAGAUGGCUCCCAGUUCCCACCAACGAUAGACGCCCCGACUGUUCAUCAAGAUUUUGCUCCCUUACCUCCCCCGGUAGUAUCUCAUUCUGGAUACCAGAACGGCCACGCAUCAUCUGCAGGUUACAACACUGAGGCUAACAGACACUAUACGCCAUCUUACCAGGAUGUCGCUGGACCAUCAACUUCACACCGUGUCCCACUCUCCCAAGUAUCCAACAACUCGCAUGUACCUAGUACUUCGGCUGUGCACACAGCCCGACCCACCACCGGAAGACAGAGCAUAGCCACGCGGACAGUUCACGGCAAACACGCUCUUGAUGACGAAACGGACGCUGAACCGGAGACGCUGGCCAAGAAGUCUCGUGUAGAUGGCGAAGAACUCAUCGACGGCGAAGAGGAACGCGAGUGGCGCGAGGAUGGAGACGACAUGGAGGUCGACUCCGCCGUGCCGCAUGGGAAACGUGGUGCCAAGCGGAUGGCCAGCCCGGACGACGAUGAAGGGCUCGCGCAGUCGCGCGCGGAACGACGUGACAAAAGGGCCCGCAAAGUCUCCUUGGACAAGUCGGCGGAUGCGCCCGACGACGAGAUGGACGAAGACGAGUUGGAAGACGACCUCGAAUACAUCCAUGACGUCGCCCGAGGAAAGAAGCGGGACCGUGCGGAGGCCGGUUCCACGUUCGGCGGCGAUGACUCGCUCAUCGACGAGGACGAGAAACCUCACAGGCGCAGGCGCAGGCGAGUGGUCUCGAACAGGGUCUCGCAGUCAUCAUCGCGUGGACAGAAGCGCGUCCGCGAUCUCGAUUCGGUCGACAGCGACGACUCGGAAGCUGAAAGGCCAAAACGAGAGUACACGCGGAAGAAACGUGGUAAACGGUCUGACGAAGAGAUCGUACCACUUUCGAACGACCCUCUGUGCGGUGGAAGGCGUAUUGGCGAAGAAUGGGAGGCGAAUGGCGUCCACUUCAAGGUGGGCCCCAAUGGCCAGAGACUCAGGCAAGAGCUGGUCAAGAAGUCUAGGACUCGGUUCCCGAUGCCGAGUGAUUCUCAACAUCCGGACCGCCGUGCGAACGUUGACGUCUAUGUAGAGACAUGGCUCACGGAAGAGGAAUACCAGUCUGCGAAGGAGCGGCAUGAGCUUGCGUGGCAAGAUGCGCCCCCCACUCCCCCGGAACCCCAGACACCCGGUGAUGUUCCCGACUCGCCUUCGAAGCUUGGCAAGAACCUCCUUUGGUCUUCUAUGGCAUCGAGAGAGAGUCCGGGACGGCGGGGGCCUCUCAGGCAAUCCGUCGCUACCAACGUGGGUCUGCGCUUGAGCAUGCUCGCACCUGCGCCUGUAUCCUCGAACCUUCGCAUAUCCUCGGUAUAUCAGGCGCCUGCUUCCCCCGCUGCCGACAGCCCCAAAGUCCAUAAGUCGAAGUCUUACUCGAAGUGGGAGAAGCAAGACCUGGAGGCUGCCGCUAUGUCUAAGAUCAGGGAAAAACAACAGCUGCAGCGACAACUGAAGACUGCGCCGGCCGCCGCAGCACCACCUUCGAACCUGUUCAGUGCGCCGUCGGCCACACCUGCGGCGCCUAAACCUGUGGAGAAACCGGCCCAACCGCCGAUGCCAUCGUUCGGUUUCCCGCCCGCCCCGACAUCUGCCCCGACUAGCAAACCUGCUGCGGAGCCUCCCAAACUGAACAUCCCUGGUUCUACGCCCGCUGCUACGCCCAGCAAUCAGCCUAAGCCUGUUACGCCCUCAUUCCCCUUCCCUGCGUCGUCGGGCAGUGCUCCCUCGGCAGCAUCCACCAAGCCGCCCUCGACCUCCGUUCCCAAUUUCUUCUCAAAGCCGGCGGUCCCUGGGCCUACUGCCGCAGCACCCACCCCUCCCGCCAGCGGCAUUCCUAGCUUCUUCGCCAAGCCUCCCCAGAAUAGUACCCCUACUAGUGCACCGGCCCCCACUCCUGCAACUGCCCCCAAGUCUACUUUCUCCUUUGCACCGACUCCCUCUUCCGCUCCCCAGGGCACGCAGCCGCCGACGAAUAGCGCACAGGCCGCGAAGCCAGAAGAGCCGAAGCAGGCCCCUGGCGCUUCGUUGUUGUCCCGCCUCGGAAUGGGCCCACCGCCAGCUGCCCAGGGGCCCUCCCCGUCGGCGUUCGGUUUCGGAAAGCCUGCGCCCCCACCAGCUUCAUCCGCGUCGAACCCAGCAGCGACUGCCUCCCCCUUCGGAGCUCCUACGAACGGCACGAGUAGCUCCGAUUCUGCUCCGAAGUUCAGCUUUGGGGCGCCUCCGAAGCCGGCCAGUUCUGCACCUCCGCCUGCACCCGCGACGAAUGGGACCUCAGCGGAAGCUACAUCAAACCCGAAGUUUAGCUUCGGUGUGAACAACGCUCCCGCGCAGCCCGCUGCGCCUGCUCCCAGUGCGCCCGCUCCAAGCCCAUUCCAGAACAGCGCGACCAACGCUUCGAGCGCCCCGAAAUCGGCGUUUGGCUUUGGCAGCUCGAGUACGCCUACUUCAAGUCCGUUCGGCGGUUCUUCGAACACUGCUGCGAGUUCCACGCCGUUCGGUGCGCCCUCGGGGACCAACUCGUCGGCCGCUAACUCCUCGCCCUUCGGUGGACCAUCAGCGGGUUCGUCUACGCCAACGUCGAACCCCUCGCCUUUCGGAGCACCCGCGAACGGAUCGGCGAAGCCCUCCGAAGCACCUAAGUCGGCGUUCUCGUUCGGGAACAACACGGCGUCGUCCGCAAGUACGCCUAUGUUUGGCGGCGCGGGCGCGCAGAAUCCGACUACGCCGAAGACAGAUGUACCGGGUUUGAAGCCUUCCUUCUCGUUUGCGUCGUCGUCUACGCCGGCAUUCGGAGGAUCUUCAUCUACCCCUACCUUCGGCGGGUCGUCGACCACCUCUGCGUUCGGCGGGCCGUCGUCCACCUCUGCGUUUGGCGGGUCGUCAUCUACCCCCACGUUCGGUGCGCCUUCGUCUACCCCCACCUUUGGCGCAACAAGCACGCCCGCCGGGGCUCCCGCAUCCAAGGCCUCGUUCUCCUUCGCCAACGCCGCGGGCUCCACACCUGCCGCGAACAAGACGGAGAGCAAGCCCACCCUCUCAUUCAACUUCGGCGCGCCCAGCAGUACUAGCAACAACGGCACCGCGCCUUCGGCACCUGCACCCUCCGCAUUCGGCUUCGGGGCGCAGCCGUCGUCAACCACCCCGGCGACGCCUGCCGCGUCCUCGCCGUUCGGCGCUCCCCCGGCCCAGUCGGGCGCGAUCAUGCACAACAUAUUCUCAAUCGUCCGAUUCGAGUUGGUUGUGGUCCUUGUGGAAGAGAAGCUCGGAGUUGCUGGCUUGCGACGAAGUCCGAACCUAGUCUCAGUCUGCUGUUUCCAUUCUACACUGGGGCAACCAUCGUCGCACUAUACUCACACUCUUUUCAUCAUCUUUUUGAAGACUGUGGGUCUGCCUUGGACGAUGUUGUCUACAAAUCCUAUGGCGACGCCCCGGCCGUUGCCUCCGGCGAAGACUCGCAAGUCGAGUGCCUUGCACUACUCUACGCUUGCCCCACCUCCGCCCUAUGCCCCCUCUCUGUCUGAGCUGUCCUUGGACUCUCCGUCACCAAAUGGCGCGCUCCCCGACGCUACCGCGCCGAUUGACGAGUGGAUGGACGAGAAAUCACGGGAGGAACUCUCCGGGCUGCUUCUCAAGGCGGAUGGGAUCAUCAAGACCCGUGAAACAGAAUUGAGCUAUACUUCGGCUCUGGUCAAGAGCCUGUACGACGACAAUGUCGCGCUCAAGACCAAGCACGAGACCCUUCUCGCGCGACUCCCGGCCAUGUCCCCUUCACCCUCGACCCCCACUUCCCCGCGUCUCAGGUCGCCCAGCUCUUCGUUGUCUCCCUUCCCCGGAAUUAUGUUCCCCUCGUCCUCCGAAGACUCGUUGCAACCCUUGCCCCCGGCCGCUCGUCUUCGCCACACGCGCAGGAUAUCCGUGACCCCCGGAGACCUAGCCCAUCUGUCCGACCAGAACGCGGAGCUCCUUGACAAACUCGAGAGGCUCGAGUCCGAGUCCACGAAGGCGGACGAGGCGGGGAAACGCAAGUUGCGCAAGCUCGAGCAGGAGAUCCAGACGCUCCGAGACGAGCUAGACAAGACACAUGCGCGCGGUGCGGAGUUGGAGGAGCAGGCUAAGGCUGCUAUCAACGCCGCGCAGAUACAGCAGCGCAGGGAAGAGCGUCAGGCAUGGGUGCGAUCCCUGAAGGACAAAUCUGCGUCUGGCUCCGACUUGUCCGGUGCCGAAAUCAAGGACUUUGCGCCCCCUGCUGAGCUACCUCGGUUCGCUGCCCAUACGCUCUCAUAUGGACCAGCGCCAGGGGACCCCUCGGACGCGUCCGGUGAUCUGUCCGAUGCCUCCUUCGAGCCCCCCUCCUUUGACGAGGAUAUUCUUGAAGACGGCUCAGCCGGCCACGACUCGUAUAUCUCAACUCCCCCCACCUCAACCCGCGACCCGCCGCAGAUGGAGACCGAGUACGCCAUCGUCUCGCAGCUCCUGCUCAAAAUCCGUGAACUGGAAGAAACCAACGCCCAAAUUAAGGAGCAACAGAGCAUCACGGAGGAGCACAUGCGCGCCGCCCGGUGGGAUGUCGACAGCAUUAACCGCAUGUAUGACUGUCUGGACGUAGCCGACAUCGACAUCGAGGACCCGGAGGAAGAGGAACAGCCUAUGCGUGGGUCCCGGAUACCCUCCGGCGGCACCAUUAAGUUCAGCAGCCUGCGCAGGACGUUGCAAGGCGACAUGAGCAGGUUGUUAAUGGACGACGCGUCGGAUAGCUUCGUCGGUGGUAUCUCCAAGGAGAUGCAGAGCACCGUCCGCAAGAGUAUCGGGGGCCACCGAGGAGCCCCAGGACACAAAGCGCGGAAGUCAAUAGCCGGGCUUUUCGACAUAGAGCCAGAGCGGGAGCGCGGCUAUGCAGCGUUCAGAGUAUCCCCAGGCUUGCAUGCGAAUCACCGAUCCGUAGACCUCGCCGACACUUCUAUAUGGUCAGCUGCGGCGACGGACGGUGUUGCUCCUCCCUCCCCAUCCUUCAGCGCGUUGCAGACUCCCCUGGACGGGCCACAUACCGGGCGGACCUUGGGCAGCGAGCUUGGAAGCGAGUUUGGCGACGAUUGGCCGGAACGAGGCUUCAACCAUCACCUCCGCACCACCAGCCUGUACUCGCUCGCGGGUCUCAAUCUCACGCAGUCGACCCCGGGCUCCCCAGUCGAAUCCCCGCCCGCUCCGCCAUCCAUUGUCUUCCCAACUCCACCCGAAGACCACCGAGAAGAGUACACGGCGGGCCCCUCCACCCCACCACGAUCCCAGGCGCUGCAGCUCACAGUAGAGCCUCCGACUCCAACGCCGGAGCGGUUACGUUCUCCUGGGGCGACACGACAGAUCCGCCUCUCGCAAACGAUGCGCGCGCGGACGAACCGCUGGGUCGAGGGCCGCUUCCAGCAAGAAUCCCUGCGGGAUAAUGUUCUGCGCAGGCGGCAGUCGACCUCCAGGCAGACGAGCACAAGUACCGCCAAGGGGAAGGCGCGCGCCGCCCCCGGCUCAGACGCCACCGCGACCUUGGACGAGACGUUCGACGACGCGGUCGCGCAGAUCCGGCGCGUGCGCAGCCGCGCGAGUCUCGCCACGCUCGGAUUCUCCGCACCCCUCGCCCUCCCAGACCCGCGCGAGACGGGGGAGGACGAGACAGCAGAGGAGGCGGAACGGUCGGUCGAGCUACGGCGGCUGUCGCAGGAGGAGGCCGCGGCAGUCGUGGACCCGGCGAAGCGCGAGGGCUUCGUCGGGUUUGUGCUCGAGGCGUGGCUGUGGCUGCAGUUCGCGAUCGUGGUCAUGCUCUUCCUGUGGGCGAUGGCGAAGCGCGGGCCGAAGGUCGUGCUCGAGGCGGAGCGGCGGAGUGCACAGCGCGGCGGAGCAGGGCUCCAGUAAUCAUUGGGGAGGACUCACGGAAGGAUGCAUACCACGCUCAUUUACAUCUAGUACCGUACAGUCGCAAUAGUCGUUGUAUCAGCAUGUAUGCGUACCAUCUCACCACACACUUGACUCUCGUUAUUGGACUAUAAUAUUUCCUUCUUGGCAC